CCUGAAACAUCUCCUCUGGGGAACCUGCCUAUCCAUUUGAUCAAUCCAAGUCAGAAUCACUAGAAGAACAUCCGCACGGUUGACUCAUUCUUGCCCUGCCGCCACACUUCCUCCCGCUCGAUUUCGGCGACAACAACACAUCAUCAUGUCCGACUCCCCUCCGCCGCCCUCAUCGUGGAGCAUAGGCAACAUGACCAACAGCGCCGUACAGUUCCUCCGACUACCCGUUCUAGCAUCAUCCGGCCUGGCAGUGGUCGCAAGUGGCCUCCUAUACUUUAAGCAGAAUGAAUUGAUAUACCCCCGCAACGUCCCCGUCGAUGCGCGCACGAACGUCCCCAGUCCCCGACAAUUCGGCAUAACCGACUUUGAAGAUCUGCAAAUCCCAACUCCCGAUGGCGAAACGCUGCAUGCGUUUUUCCUGCGCCCGCCCAAGAGUCGUUAUCGGCGCAAUCUAACAGUGAUAAUGUUCCACGGCAACGCAGGAAAUAUCGGGCACCGAGUGCCGAUCGCCAAGGCGAUGCAAGAUACACUACACUGUAAUGUGCUGUUGCUUGAAUAUCGCGGGUAUGGCAUGUCUACGGGUAUGCCUGACGAGGCUGGCUUGAAGAUCGAUGCGCAGACUGGACUCGACUAUCUGCGACAGCGGGCCGAGACAAGGGAUGACAAGAUUGUUGUUUACGGGCAGAGUCUGGGUGGUGCGGUUUCUAUCAAUCUUGUUGCGACCAAUCAAGAUCAGGGUGAUAUUGGGGGUCUGAUUUUGGAGAAUACUUUCUUGAGUAUUCGCAAACUCAUCCCUAGUAUCUUCCCGCCAGCACGGUAUUUGGCUCGUUUGUGCCAUCAGUACUGGAUAAGCGAGGACGUGCUACCAAAGAUCUCCAAGGUGCCGGUCCUCUUUCUUAGUGGAUUGAAAGAUGAGCUCGUGCCUCCAUCUAAUAUGACCCAACUAUUCGCCGUGUGCAAGUCAGAAACCAAGAUCUGGCGCACACUACCAAAUGGAGGCCACAAUGACUCCGUGGCCGAACCCGGCUACUUUGAACAUAUUCACUCCUUCGUUACGGAGGAGGUUUUGAGCAAGUAGACAGCGAGCCGAACCUUUUGAGCGAUCCUCCGCGGUCAACUACAUUGGUCUCCAGUCCCCGUCCAGCCUCUUAUCCUUCAACUACAUCAAUGAUACCCACACUAUUGCAAUCGACGACAGAUAUUCUCUACCGUCACUCAUCCAGUCGGUCCUGACCGACUUGAGCCCCCGCUGCUUGUUACAUACAUAUCCAACUCGACCAAGCCACCAAUCAUCUUCGAGUCAUUAUCCCUACCUACUCCCAGUCUAUCUUAUCCCCACAGCACGGGGAUCUCUACCGGCGUCAUCAUCCAUGGAAUACAAGCGAUGAACCUUUUUGUGACAUACGGUGUUGGCACUUUGUUUUUAAUCCACUUGUUUUUUAUCACUGCUCAAGCUAUUUCUAUGCGUGGGAAGGAUAUGCUUUUCUCGGGUUCUGUAUUCUUUGCAUUUCAGAUAGGGACGGAAGUUGAGUUUCCCUCUAUUAUGCAUGUAUCAUUUUGACUAUUACCAUUGCAAUGUUCAACCAAUAGCAUAUUUCAA